AUGAUAGCGCUGGUGGCGGUGGCCACCGUGGGUGGGGGCCCGUUCCUGCGAGGUGGACUGGGGGCGCACGGGGUCGGUGGUAGCGGUACGGCCGCAUCCGCCAAUGAUCCGUGCUACGACGAGGGGCGGCCGCGGCGCUGCAUGCCGGACUUUGUGAACGCCGCGUUCGGGGUGCCGAUCGAGGCGUCCUCGAUCUGUGGCCACGACCGCCCGUCCCGCUACUGUGACCAGCGCGAGGGGCCACCGGGGCGCGAGGCGGACCCGACCUGCGAGAUCUGCGACGCGUCCGACCCGACCAAGCGCUACCCGGCGGCCGCCCUGACGGACGUGCACAACUCGAACAACGUCACCUGCUGGCGGUCGGAGCCACGGGCCGGGUCGCUGGACGCCGGGACGCCCGACAACGUCACCCUGACGCUGUCGCUCGGCAAGAAGUUCGAGCUGACGUACGUCAGCCUCUCGUUCUGCCCGUACGCGCUCCGGCCCGACUCGAUGGCGAUCUACAAGAGCGCCGACUUCGGCAAGAACUGGCUGCCGUUCCAGUUCUACAGCUCCCAGUGCCGGAAGCUGUACGGGCGGCCAACGCGGGCCGCCAUCUCCGCCAGCAACGAGCAGGAGGCGCGCUGCGUCGACCACAACCGCUACAGCGUCGACGGCGUCCAGGGCUCCCGGAUCGCGUUCAGCACCCUCGAGGGCCGCCCGUCGGCGCCGGACUUUGAUAGCUCCGUCAUCCUGCAGGACUGGGUGACGGCCACCGACAUCCGCGUCAUCUUCCACCGUCUGCAGCCGGCCACGACGGGCGCUGGCGGCGGCAAUGGCGGCGGCGGUUCCAGCUCGUCUGGCGGCGGUUCCAAGCACGGCGGUUCACAGCAAUCAACCGAGCUGCUCGGCGGCGGCAAGUUUGGCGGGGUGCCCAAGAAAGCGGCUGACUUCCUACUGCCGUCCGGGGGUCGCGAGCUGGCCGGCGGUUCCGGGGUCCUCACGUACGCGCUGUCCGACUUCGCGGUCGGCGGCCGGUGCAAGUGCAACGGACACGCGGCCCGCUGCGUCAAGGGCGCCACCGAGGGCGGAAGUGGCCAGCAGCAGCAGCUGGAGUGCGACUGCAAGCACAACACGGCCGGCCGGGACUGCGAGCGCUGCAAGCCGUUCUACUUCGAUCGCCCGUGGGGCCGCGGCACGGUACGCGACGCCAACGAGUGCAAAGUUUGCCAGUGUAACGGGCACGCCCGCAAGUGCCGCUUCAAUCUGGACCUCUACAAAAUGUCCGGCCGUGUGUCGGGCGGGGUAUGCAGCGACUGUCGGCACGAUACAACCGGGCGCCACUGCCACUACUGCCGCGAGGGCUUCUACAAGGACCCCACCAAGUCCAUAAGCCACAAGAAGACCUGCAAACCGUGCGAUUGCCACCCGAUCGGUUCGUCCGGGAAAAGCUGCAACCACACGUCGGGCCAGUGCACCUGCAAGGAGGGCGUGACCGGGCUAAACUGCAACCGGUGUGCCCGAGGCUAUCAGCAGAGCCGCUCGCAUAUCGCGCCGUGCAUCAAGAUACCGCGGGUCAUCAACAUCAAUCACCAGGCGCAGAACACGGCCCCGGAGUCCUACCACUACGAUCCGGACGCGAGCGAAAGCACCAAAGAAAAUUGCCCCAAGUGUAAAUUCGACACGAAGCGACUCAACUUGAAUAAAUUCUGCAAGCGUGACUAUGCAAUCAUGGCUAAGGUGACCGGGCGCACCACCCCGGGUGGCAAGCAUGGACCGCGCGAGGAGGUGCGCUUCAACCUGCAGGUUCAGUCGGUAUUCAAGUCGAACAGCAGCCCGCUGCUGGUGGCGAACCAGCGAAAGCAGAGCGUCGGGCUGCUGGUGCCCACGAAGAACAUCGACUGCCGCUGCCCGAACAUCAAGAUGAACAAGUCCUACCUGAUCCUUGGGAUGGACGCCAAGAGCGGCAACCCGGAGAACUUGCUGCUCGGCCCGAAAACGAUCAUCAUCGAGUGGAAGGACGACUGGAACCGUCGGCUGCGGCGCUACCAGCAGCAGGUCGGCUCCUGCAACUAG